GAAAAAUCCAACAUUUUCCGGGGGAAAAUAUACCAAAUCAAGAAAAGAAGAAGAUAAUGAAGUUCGGAAGAGAAUAUGAAGUACAAAUGAUCCAAGAAUGGAGAGAAGCCUACAUGGAUUAUCGUUCUCUGAAAUCCAUCGUCAAACAGGUCCUUCGUUUUCACCUACAGAAACAACAACAUCCAUAUCAUCCACCUCCCCCUCCUCCAACCGGAGAGACCGCACCUCUCCACGCCGCCAGCACCGGAGGAACCGGCGCAUCCGGUCUAUCAAGAAGAGUCUCUCUCUACCGUGCAUUCAGCGGCCUAACAAACCGAGCCAAAGGAGGCUCCCCGAAGAAAUCACACAAACACAACAAUCCUCUAAGCAGCAAACGCCAUUACCAUCUAUUCGACGAUGACGAGGAUCAAGUCAUUCUCAUCAACGAGGACGAGACGGGUAGCUACAACACGACGUUUCUAUGCUCCGCGGAGGAAGGAGGAGAAAUGGAGGUUCAGUUUUUCCGGCGGCUUGAUGGAGAGUUCAACAAGGUUUUGAGAUUUUAUAGGCAGAAAGUGGAGAGCGUGAUGGAGGAAGCCGAUGAGCUUAGUAGACAAUUAAACGUUUUGAUUGCUCUUAGAGUUAAGGUUGAGAAUCCAAACGUUGACUUCCCUGACAUUAAUAGUCUCUCGAGUGCUCCUACUUCUCCACACACGACCAACAGAACUCCAGCCAUUUCACCAUUGGAAGUGAUCAAGGAAAUGGAACAGACAGAAGAUAAGAAAGUCUUUAAACCUGCUCCAGUAGAAAUGCUGGAUCAUAUAAAGCUCAAGAUCGAACCCGAAACUCCGUUGUCAAUGCUUAAGUGCAUGAUCAUGGGUCUCUCAACUGAGCAAACCUUCAGCAAACCUGAGCUUAAGAGAGCCGAGGAGCUUAUGGACCGCGCUUUUGUUGAGUUCUACCAGAAACUUAGGUUCCUAAAGAGUUAUUGCUUCUUGAACCAGUUGGCGUUUUCAAAGAUACUAAAGAAGUAUGACAAGACUACUUCGAGGAACGCAUCUAAGCCUUAUCUACAUACGGUUGAUCAUUCUUAUUUAGGCAGCUGCGACGAGGUCUCAAGUCUCAUGUCUAGAGUGGAAGCUACAUUUAUUAAGCAUUUCGCCAAUGGAAAUCACCGUGAAGGAAUGAAAUGUUUAAGGACUAAAGCUAAAAGGGAGAAACACAGAAUCACAUACUUCCUUGGCUUCUUGUCUGGUUGCGCCGUUGCUCUAGCCAUUGCGAUAUCGGUUCUUGUACAUAUAAGAGGCAUAACAAAAAGCGAAGGCAGGCAUCAAUACAUGGAGAACAUCUUCCCUCUUUACAGCAUGUUCGGGUUUGUUGCGGUUCAUUUGUUUAUGUAUGCAGGAGACAUAUAUUUCUGGAGACGAUAUAGAGUAAACUACCCUUUUAUCUUCGGGUUUGAGCAAGGGACCGAUCUUGGUUACAGAGAAGUUCUUCUGCUAGCCUCUGCUCUAGCAGUUUUUACAUUCGGAGGAGCCAUCUCGAAUCUCGACAUGGAGAUGGAUCCGAGAACCAAAAGUUUUAGUGUCAUCACUGAGCUUGUUCCUUUAGGUCUUCUCAUUUUCUUCAUGAUUACGCUGUUCUGUCCAUUGAAUAUAAUAUAUCGGUCAAGCCGUUAUUUCUUCAUAGGAUGCGCCUUCCGAUGUCUUUUAAGCCCGCUAUACAAGGUUAUUCUCCCGGAUUUUUUUCUCGCUGAUCAGUUGACAACUCAGGUGCAAACAUUCAGAAGCUUAUUGUUUUACGUUUGUUAUUAUGGAUGGGGAGGAGAUUUCAAGAAACGAACACACACAUGCUAUGAGAGUGACAUUUACAAAGAACUCUACCUUGUCGUUGCGAUCAUUCCUUACUGGUUCCGCUUCGCUCAGUGUAUAAGGAGGUUAGUUGAGGAGAAAGAUAAGAUGAAUGGCCUAAAUGCACUAAAGUAUCUCUCGACCAUAUUAGCGGUGGCGGCUAGAACAAUAUUUGAAACAAAGAGAGGGACGUAUUGGCUUACUGUGGCUGUAACCACGUCAACCAUUGCCACAUUGUUCAAUACUUACUGGGACAUAUUCAGGGAUUGGGGUCUAAUGAACCGCAACUCGAAAAACCCUUGGCUUCGUGACAAACUCUUAAUCCCUUACAAAAGCAUAUACUUCAUUGCCAUGGUGGUGAAUGUGGUGCUGAGGCUGGCUUGGAUGCAGACGGUACUUGGGAUUAGAGAAGCUCCAUUUUUGCACAGAAGAGCUUUGGUUGCUGUUGUUACCAUCUUAGAGAUUGUUCGUCGUGGCAUUUGGAACUUCUUCAGGUUGGAGAAUGAGCAUUUGAACAAUGUGGGGAAAUACAGAGCCUUCAAGUCUGUACCUUUGCCUUUUCAAGAAGUUGGAGGAAGCAAGAGCAUGUAAAUUUAUACAUAUAAUGUGGACUAAACACAAAAUGUGUGUAUUAAUUGUUUUAUUGUUGUAUCGUAUGAAAAUUGAUUCAUCCCAAUUUUCCAGCAAAUAUCAUUUUUUUGGAUC